GGAGAGGGCGAACGACCGCCGUCGUCUGUCGCCGCCGUGAGAAGAAACUGGCUUCUCUCGGGGAACCCUUUCCCGUUCGCAUCGCCGCGGAGUACGGAGAACGCCAGUGACCGGCGGGGGAAGCGCACGCUUGAGUGCAGAGUUCACGAACGCUCGGCGGCGGCAUCAGCGCGCGCAGUUCGAUUCAAGAAGCCUCUUGCACGCGCACGUGCGAACGAUGGAGUCGCCACAGCCCAACAUAUUCGGCGGCACGGCUGAGGCAGAGGUACCCUGGUUUCCGCUGCGCGAUCACAGGACCGAAGGAUGGCCGCUGACCGGCAGCCCGCUGCCAGUCGCCAUCAUCACGGCCGCAUACGUCUAUUUCGUCAAGGUCGCCGGACCCCGAUGGAUGUCGAGGCGCAAGCCUUACGACCUGCGGGGCUGCAUCCUCAUCUACAACCUGGUGGCCGCGCUGCUCAGCGCGUUCUUCGUGGUGUGCUUCGCCAAGCUCGCCUACUGGGACCGCGGCUAUUCGUUCCUCAUGGACCUGGACAUCAGCAACGACCCGGCCAGCCUGGCGAUCGUCAAUCUCUCAUGGUAUUUAUACAUGUUUAAGCUGUCCGAGCUGAGCAGCACUGUGUUCUACGUGCUGCGGCGCAAGAACGACCAGGUGACUACGCUGCACGUGGUGCACCACGUGAUCGUCGCCUGGAACGUCUGGAUCAACGUCACGUACGCCGCCCAGUCGCACACAAUGUUCGUCGUGUGCAUCAAUGGCUUCGUGCACGUGCUCUCAUAUCUGUACUACUUCCUGUCCGCGCUCGGGCCGGCGUUCAAGAAGUGGCUCUGGUGGAAGCGCUACCUCACCAUGGUGCAAAUCGUGCAGUUUGUGCUGUACAUGGUGCACGCCGUGGGACUGAUCUUCGCAACGGGUAACUACGUGCCCCUCUUCGUGUGGCUCGAGUUCGGACAGGCCCUACUGUUCUUCUCGUUAUUCAUACUGUUCUACGUGAACUUGUAUGCCAAGGACAAAGGGGGACCGUGCGGCCCUGUCAGAGCGGACUAGAGGUGACGUGUAGGGCGAACUGACUGUCAUCUGGGCUUUUUCGACCCGCGAUUGCCGCGAGGUGAGUGCGGCGAAUAAACACCGCAGGUCGGGGUUUCCUAGAUGGAUUAUGGUCUUGUACAUAGUUGGAAAGUUUUAAUUUUCCCGGGGGGCGGGGGCUGGCGGGGGACCAGCUUUCCGAACCCUAGUCAUGUAUGCCUAUAUAUAUAUAUGUAUGUAUGUAUGUGUAUAUAUAUUGCCUUUAAUAAAAAUUCAACUGGAAACUUCGUGUGACCUCGAAAGAUUGUUCACUUAAGUGACGAGCUUAUAUGAGUAUCUGCAAGACCUCAGAGUACGAGACAAUUCAGUUUUACAGCCUGAGUCCCCUCGUACCCCCAAGAGAGUGGAAUCUCUCGGAUGAGCCAUGCGACAAACAGAUUCAGUUAAACACGUUAGAGAGUUCUAUUUGUUUUGUGCGCAUUACGUCGCACAAAUACGCAUUAAUGAAAGAAGCCAUGUAACGCCUUGUAAAUGUUCUAAUACAAAAGAUACAAUCAAGCAAUCUUUUCCUGACGAAAGGUCAGUUAUUGAGAAGAUAAGACAUAACAUAUAUAAAAAUGAAACGAUAUAUAACAAUUUCUGAGCACAACAUAUGACGGAUUAUUAUCAUACGUACAAUGUGAUCUCAUAACGCAAUACUU